GAUUUUGGUGCUCGAUCGAUUGCAACGUGCUCGGACGCUCGGUGUAAAAAAACAAAAAUAACAAAAUAAAAACAACAAGUUAAACAAACGCUUGACAAAAAUACAAAACGAAUACAACUCCCAACAACAACAACAGCAAACACACAGCACAGCAGCGCAAAUUUUUUUAUUUAUUUUUUUUUUUGGCAACUCUCGCAAGCGACAUUUGAUUUAUUAACUCCGCACACACACACACACACACAUACAAAGAGCAGCUUAAGCCGAGCCCAGCAGCCGAAAAGUAGAAGAAGAAGAAGAAGAAAUCGGCGACAGGAUUAGUCACACCUAACCAAGUGUUUUAUUUCUCUCUCUCUCUCUCUCUCUCUAUCUCUUGUGUGUGUUUGCCGGUGUAACAACAAACCAUAUAUAAAUAACGAAAUCAACAUCGAAAUAAAUUCCGAAAUAUCUUUUUACCUGCCUGCUGCGUGCUUCUGUCAUUUGUUUUUUCUUGCUUGGAGGAGCCACUGUGAUUAGCUUUGAAGUGGCAGCAAUCGGAGGAUUCCGAACGCAAGCAGCAAAUCCGAUCGCAUCUGUACAAGUUGCGUGAAUCGCGUCUGAGGAAUUUGUAUCGUCACGAAACGGACAUGUCGGAACCCAAUGGCAAUACCCUAACCGGCUACGGUGGCAAGGAUCCCUUGGUCACCAGCCAUGGCGAUGCGUUGCUCGAUCAGAAUUUCCAGAGUCUCAAGUCGAAGGAGGUGCGCGACUCGAUGAGUCCAACGCAUGAGCUGAAGUUCCAUUCGAUGACGCUCACUCAACCGAAUACCACCGGCUGGGAUGUCCAGACAUCGUCGGAGGUUAGUCCCGAUGGACGUGCCUAUCGUACGGAGACUUUGGCCAAAACAGAUGGUGUUGAGAAGCUCAAUGGUGGCGGCGUUGCGGAGUUCAAAGGUCGCAACGAGCAGCGCUCAAGUGCCUCGCAUCAGGGCGAUGACAAGAACUAUGUGAAACAGGCCGCCGAAAGCUCCAACACUCAUCUGCAGGAGAAGGUCGUCUUUGGCGAUGAGGCCAGCGGACGCACCGAAAUGAAAAUGAGCUCGACAUCCACCUCGUCGAGCUCCAAGUUUGUCUCAUCCUCCUCGACCGUGGAGUAUGACGAUGAGCAAGCGGGCAAGCCGCGUUAUCUGCUCGACUCUCAGGCGACCAAUCGCCAGCAACAACAACGCGAACAACUCGAGCAGCAACAGCAACAGCAGCGCGAGGAGCAACGUUUCCAGGAACAACGUUUCCAGGAGCAACGUCAACGCGAGGAGCAACGCUUCCAGGAGCAGCGUCAGCGCGAGGAACGUUUCUCGGAAAGUCGCGAGCAAUCGAAUAGCACUCGGAACGUUGAGACCCAACAGCAUUACGAGGAGAACAAACGGUAUGUGGACAUGGACAAGGCAUCCCCCGAAUAUCAACGUCAUGUGCAGCAUUUGAUGUCACAGCCCGGUGAGAUCAUCUCCAAUACCGUGGAAUAUCCCAAACCCAAUGUCAAAAUGAUUACGACCGUUAAGCGGCUGCCCGAUGGUACCAUUGUCAAGAACAAGCGCUACGAGACGGAGCAAGUGAACUCCGCCACUGAUUCAGUGCGUCAUCAGCAACAGCAGCAGCAUCAGACCCAAACUCAAACUCAAACCCAGACCCAUAAUAAGCAAAACCAGCAGCAGCAACAGCGUCAUACGACAACGCAGUCGCAGCCACGUGAUGUUGUGGAUCAUGUGAACACUGUGCGUCGUCCUGUGGAUGCCGAAGAGCUGGUCCAACAGGAGACAUAUUCGUCGGUGAAGAAGUCAAGCCGUCGCUUCUCCACCGAGACCACAUCCGAGACCAUCGAGGAGUACGACGAUCGCAAUCCAACAUCGCAAUCGCAGCCGCAAAAGUUGAAGGCACCCUCGCCGGGACGUCAGGACUUUGGCACCCAGGGAUUUCCCUCGGUGAAGCCGCAUAAGCCCACCCAAGAGUUCCCCGGCCAACGUCCGACAACACCGCAGCGUCAAUCACCAUCGAGUGACUUCUCCACGCACGGUUUUCCCUCGGUAAAAUCGAAUAAGCCUACACAGGAGUUCAUAAGCCAACGUCCCUCAACCGCUGACGGCGGUGAGGAGAUCAUUGUGGUUAAAUCCGAGAAGAGUCGCAAUGUGAAGCAGAGUAGCUCAACACAGCGCACCACUGAGACGCAAUACAUAAGCGACGAUCAGUCACCCGGUUCGCUCACCGGACCAAGAUCGAGUCCUGCUCCCAUUCAGGCCACGCCUAGUUGGGAGCAGCCGGCAAGUCCGCGUCGUGCCCCCGUCGAGGAUUACAGCACCCAUGGCUUCCCAUCGGUGCGUUCGCGUCCCGAUCAGCCCGACGGUGAGGUAUUGCACCAUUCGACAACUUCCGUGAGCCGCAAACAGAGCGCCACACACAAGUCGAACACGGAGCACGUGAUUGAGACGCAACUAGCACCCGAUUACGAUUACCCAGUCGAGCCCGAGCAGCAGCGUCGCUCGCAACCGUUGCAACAAUCGCAACCAUCAUCGAGUCCGCGUCGCGAUUACAGCACUCAGGGUUUUCCCUCGGCACGUUCGCCAACGCGCAGCACACCAGCUCGCUCACCGCUGAGCAAAUCGCCACCCCGGAAGCCUAGCACACCGGCUGGCAGUCGCAGCACCCCGGCAGGUCGCAGCACCACCAGCACCACGACAGAAACAACUAGCAACACAUUGACCCGUCGUCAAUUGCAAAAGGAGCGCGAGGUGGAUGCCGCACAUCGUGCGUUUGCCGCCUCCUUGCGCAGCAGCUCGCCGGCGGAGAGCACCACGUCAACGGGAUCGCAGCAUCAUCACCAUCAUCAGCAGCAUCCGCGUCGCGAUAGCGGCCAGCCGACGGAGCAUCAGCGCUUGACACCGCGUUCGAGCAUCAGCUCGAAUCGAACGUACAGGCGUGAUGGACGUGAGGGAUCCCACGAUAGUCAUGCGCCAUCCGAGUCGAGUCGUAUUAGCUCGACGACUGUGACGCGACAUGUGGGUCAGCCCACGAUUAGCUCGAGCAGCACCACCACCAAGAGUGUGGGUAAACAAGUCGUUACCAAGCUGAAGACGACACGUAACGUGCAAGGUUCUAACGAAACAAUCGAUCUUAUGCCGCAGCGUUCGCCCAAGUCGCCGACCACUCCGAAAGCAGGCACUGCUACAACAACGACAACCACGACAACCACAACAACCACUCUCAAUAAGCCAGUUACACCUACAGCUGCUGCUCCAGCUGCACCUAGCACCCCAAGCACCAAUCAAGCACCAACUCUAACUCCAACUCCAACUCCAACUGCAAGUUCGGGUCCAACACCCGCUCCGGCUGCUCCAACUCCCGAGACGUCGUCGCCAGUGACAGAUAACCAAUCACAGUAUACGUAUGCUACUACUAAGCCAGCCGAUAUAUUCUCUUUGCCACCACCCACUUCUCCUACAAUUAACAACAACAACAACCAGUCCUCCAACAACAACAAUGAACCAACACUAACAACAACAACUACAACUACAACUACAACAACCACCACCAGCAAGAAUCCGCAGAACAACCUCAACGAGAACAACAACAACAACAAGAACAACACCAACGACUCGUCUGAUAGCGAAUUGCUAACGAAAACAAAGCUGAGCACUAACGAUGCCACAACAACAACCGUCCCAAACAAUGCUGUGCCCGUGAAAGAGGCGCUCUGUGUGCGCCGUAAUUACUACAAGCUCGGUCCGUCCGAUAAGGACGACGGCGCAGAGCCCAGCCAGAUUAUUGCCACGGCGGUGACAAGCACUGAAACCGCUGCAGGCGCCAGGCCACAACAACAACAACAUGCACCCAAUGAACCCAGCAGCGAUGCACCACACCGAUACACUCCAACCAGCCAUAGAAAACCCUAUCACAACAGCACUACCCUAAAUCCCGAUGAUGAACCAACUCCUGCUAGACGUAGCUCCAAGUCGCCCAGCGUUGAGCGACGCACAAUGCUGCGUGAGACAACAUUCGAGACCACUUCGGUGGAGGAGCGUGAGCGUGAGUUCUUGCCCGAGGAGGUAGCUCAAAUCGAUGAUCAGAUUGUCAUCGAUGAGAGCACCUUGGAGGUAAGACAGCGUAACGUUCCAAAGCCGAAAGGUAGCGACAAACCACGUGAAUCACCUCGUCAAAGUCCCGAGAAGCAAUUGCCAGGAACGGUUCUAUCAAAACCCAAGGAACCAUUACGUUAUCCUAGCCCCGAAAAACAGCUACCAGGCACAGCUCCUUGGAAGAGCUCUCCUAAGGAAUCACCGGAGAAGGGACAACCUUCUCCUCGCGACACCAGCCCAGAGAAGCAGCUGCCAGGCACAGCUCCUUGGAAGAGUUCUCCUAAGGCGACACCGGAAAAGCGUCAACCUUCUAACAUUCCGAAAGAUUCACCACGUUCGAGUAGCCCCGAAAAGCAGCAACCAGGUACACCUUCAUCUAAGCCCAGAGAAUCGCCUCGUCAGAGUCCCGAGAAGCAGUUGCCAAAGGAGUCGCCUCGUGCUGAUAGUCCUACGAAGCAGCUUCCGCCAUUAGCACCAUGGAAAACUGCUCCUAAAGAUGUACCUGAACAGCAGAAAUCUUUCAAUGCUCCUAAGUAUUCACCCGAACAGCCAAAGGAGUCGAGUCCUGAUAGGUUCCCUGCAAAGCCAAAGGAGUCACCACGUCAAAGUCCUGAAAAGCAAUUGCCUCGAUAUUCAAAUGAGCCACAACCUAACGAUAAACCACGUCAAACCCCUGAAAAACAUUUGCCAGCUGGAGCUCCAACCAAGCCCAGUGAUGCACCACAUUCAAUUCCCCGCAAACAGCAACCGUCGCAGCAAUUCCCAGAGGAUGAAUUCUUUAGGAGCACGGUGACCCAGAAGGUGACAAACACAACGAAAAACUUUAACGAAGAAUUUAUAACGAACGAAAGUAAAAUACAGCCAAGCCGUAAGGCUCCCGAAUACCCAGUGCCUAAAGAUACUAAGCCCGAAAACGAUGAUAUUGAUAAGCCUCAAACUUUUGCAACACCUGAAGCUCCCGAUGGUGGUUUCAUUUCAAAGAGUCCUGACACUGAUCAAGAAGAUAUCGAUAACAAGCCCACUUAUCGCAAAAAAGGUUUGAGUCGCCGUGAAACAUUUGAGGAUCGUUGUCGCAAAAUCUUGGGCAUGGAAGAGGAUGGUGAUACUCAAGGUACCUUCGUACAGAAAACUGAAGAUAAUGUGGAUGACGACGAUGAUGAUACGGAAGAGGACGAAAGCACUACGAUCGUCCAGGAAACAGAUACGUUUGAGUUCAAGAUCGAAGAUUGCCCCGACGACGAUGAUGAGGACGAUAAGCCCAGACGGAUAACCGAAAAGGUUGUGGUACGCACACAGCCCGUCAUUAAGGUCGAAGAGCCUCUGUCUGAGCCGGAGUCUGAGACUCAACACCGCAGUGAGGUCACCGUCGACGUUACGGAGUCUGAGAAGACCGAGAGUUUCAUAAGCACAAAGAAAACGACUCCGAAGGAUAAGAUAGAAACUCGUCCUGCUGCUGGUAAACCCUCAUGGGAUGAGCCUCAUCGCCCCACACGCAAAUAUCCUGAGGAUGACGUAGAGAACGUAAUCGUCGACGAGACGACUAUUGUUACAACGAAGCACACAACAGAGGAUAAAGAAUUUAUAAAUCUUCCAGCAGCUGGUAAGCCAUCUUGGGAGAACACAGUGUCAAAUCAAACACCUAAGCCGAAAAAGACACCAAGCCCUAUUAUCGGUAAACAUCCUAAGGAUGAGGUUGAGUCCCGUCCUGCGGCUGGUAAACCAUCAUUGGAUGAACCUCGCUUGCCCACACGCAAAAGUCCUAAGGAUGAUGCAGAAACUAUCACUGUAGAGGAAGAAACCAUUAUCACCACACAGCGAACUACGGAGGAUGAUGAAUUUGAGACUCGUCCUGCUGCUGGUAAGCCCUCUAGGCCAACACCCAAGGGCAAAGAACCAUCAGGUGGUAAGAAGCCUAACUAUGAAAAUGAGCCACGAUUGCCUACACGGAAGACUCCUAAGGACGACGCAGAGACCAUAACUCUGGACGAAGAGACAACUUUUGUCACUACAAAGCGUACGUCAGAGGUUGAUGAUUUUGAGACUCGUCCUGCGGCUAGUAAGCCAUCAUGGGAGGACAAAGAGCCAACAUGGGAUGAACCACGUUUGCCCACACGCAAAUCUCCAAAAGACGAUGUAGAAACUAUAACUGUAGAGGAAGAGACGACCAUCGUUACAACACAAGGAACCACAGACGAUGAUGAGUUUGAAAUUCGUCCAACAGCUGGUAAACCUUCGAGGUUUACACCUAAGGAUGACGAAAAGCCUCGUCCUGUGGCUGCUAAGCCAACUAGGGCUGAACCACGUUUGCCCACACGAAAGUCUCCAAAAGAUGAUGCAGAGACUUUUACUGUAGAGGAAGAAACGACCAUCGUUACGACGCAGCGAACCACCGAGGACAAUGAGUUUGAAACUCGUCCAGUAACCGCUAAACCCGCUGGUAGAUAUCCUAAGGACGAGAUAGAACCACAACCCAAAGGUGGUAAGCCAUCUUUGGACGAACCUACUCGUAAAAAUCCUAAGGAUGACGCAGAGACUUUUACUGUACAGAAAGAGACAACUCUUGUUACAACACAGCGAAUCACAGAGGAUAAUGAAUAUGAGUCUCGUCCUGUAGGUGCAAAACCGUCGCGGUCUUCACCUAAGCAACCCACUGGAAAACAGCCCAACGAGCAACGUCCCGCAGCCGGUAAGCCUUCAUGGCCUCGAUCUUCUCCCAGCAAACAUCCGAAAGACGAUAAUGUGACUAUAACUUUAGAAGAAGAGACAACUAAAACAGUUACUUCGAAGCGCAGAGACGAACUUGAGCCGCGCCCUGCGGCUGGUAAGCCAUCGUGGACUGCGCCCAAGGAGAAAGAACCACGUCCGGUAGGUGGUCCUGUAGUUGGUAAACCUUCAAAGACUACGGAAGAACCACGUAAAUUUGGCAAACAGCCAAAGGAAGGACUACGCUCGCCAGUGGGAAAGCAGCCCAUUGACGAUGCUGAGACCAUAACUGUAAAUGAGGAAACGACCAUAGUUAUAACGAAGCGUCCUUCAAAGUCGCCGUCGCCGGAGAGAACGACAUUUAAGUCGCCAUCACCCACGCGUAAAGAACCUUCGUCACCAACACAUUUUGUGACUGAGAAGAUAAUUGAUUGCAAUGGCAAGACAGUUGUGGAAAAAAUUAGCAAGACCACACGCACUGUUGCACCCACCACACCUAAAAAGAAGCAACCACUCGACAGUGAACCUGAAGAAUUGCAGCCUAAACCUGACACAAGAAAACCGCAAACUGGCAAAACCGAAACCGAACGUCGCAACUCGCGCACCACAAAAACUACAACCAGCACCGUGACCAAGCAACCCGUUAAGGACUCUCCACAGAAAACCACAAAGAGUCCACGCAAAGAGUCCCUACCCAAGCGUGAGCCUGCUAAACGAGAUAGUCUCGUUGACGAAUCUCGCAGCACAACGACGACAUCCACGACAACAACACGCACAACGCAAAAGGAUCGCAAACCCAGUGAGCCCAGCAGCUCGAUCAAAGAUCGCUUACGCUCAUCGCCACGCAAACAGAAGCCGCAAACGGAUGAUGUGGACGGUGAGUCUUCCUCACCGGACACAAGUCCCAGUCGUGUGCCAGGCAAUGAGCGACGACGCUCAAGCAACAUUUCUGUGCACACCGAGAUUAUUAUCGAUCACACAUCCCCGAAGAUCCUCUCCCCCAAGACGGAGCGUAAGAUAACAGUGCCAGCACGCAAGUUCCCUGUCACUGAGCGUAAGGAAUCAGCGCCAGUGCCGCGAGUAACACGUCGCGAUAAGGACAAGGUAACCCGUUCGACCAGCGAGAAUGUCAUCAAGGUAGUCAAUGGUAAGCCAAGGACGGUUGCACCCGAAAUGAGUAGUCUCAAACCCAAUGAUCGCCCAACACGUCCCAACAAAUGCUUCACAACAAAGACAAUCAAUCUGAGCGAGCAGCUAAUCAAUAGCGAGGAAAUGGAGAACGUUAUCAUUGAUAUACAACAUGCUAAGAGUUCGCGAGAGCCAUCGCCAGAUCGUAUUGUGCCAACGCCUGUGCCAGCUGAGCUUGAUACUGGUAAACCACGUUAUCCCGAUGUGGUUCAGGAGCCGGACGAUGAGCCGCGCAAGAAACCAGUAGUAACCAACAUUCCCAUCUUUGAAGAGGAGGCCAAUGCAUACGUUGGUUGUCAAAUAUCCGAACUACGAAAUCCCAAUGGCAUCGAAGCGGACAUUCACGACAAUCCCACCGUGGAGGCACCUAAGAGUUUGGAUUAUCCCAACACCAUCACGACCACAAAUGGAGUAACUAGCACCAGUAUCGAUGUGGAUGAAUGUCUGCUAAGUGUGCACGAAAAGGUUAACAAGUUUACGCACACAGCGGAGCAAGUGAAGCAGCCCAAGAGCUCGGUGCCUUUUAGUCGCCAGUUUGACGAGCAUACAAAGGUUUCCGCCAGCGACGAGUGCUUGCUCAGCAUUGACCAGAAGGUCGAUCGUUUCCUCAAGACCGCUGAGAAUAUUACUAAGCAACCCAUAACACCCUCCCGGGAAAUCGAGCGUCCCAACUACGAGGAUAUCGAUGAGGAACUGCGUCAGGAUGACUGCACCUUGAGCGUCUCGCAAAAGGUGCACAAGUUUAUUGACACCGCCGAGAAACUGGCACCAAGUGCACCACAAAAAUCACCCCGGUUGGUGGCCAACAUCGAACGUCAUAUUUCACGGCAAAGCGAGCCUGAGUCGGAACCCCAAAUCGAUCAGGAAUCGGAACCAGAGCAGCCUUCAGAUACAGAAGAGUUCGAAGAAAGCGUCGUCACAACAACAACCACAACAAAGCGUGUUGAACAACAACCUGACACGGAUGACGAACUACAGCCCAUGUCCAAGGAUCACACGACCACGAUUGAAUUGAAGCGUCAGAAGGACAUUCUCAAUCGUCCGUCAGUCUUCGGACAGCGGCCAGGAGAUCGCAAGCCAACCCCUAACAAGCAAACACGUGGUAGCCCCAGCACCUCACUAAUCACAGAGGAACGUCGCUCCUAUCGCAAUCAGACCGUCUCUUCGCCCAAUGCUCCACAGCGAUCCCCGCUACGCAGCAGUCCGGCACCCCGCAAACCCUCGCUAGAGAAGCAACCACGCGGCAAGACAACCACUGACUCUGAAACACGUAAGAGCAGCAUUCACAGCACCACUAGCAGUACUACCAGCAAGCGUAGAGAGCACAUUACCCAAGAUCAGUGGGUAAUUAGCGAUGUGGAUGUCGAUGUCGAGCAGGUAGGACCUGCGCCUUCUGCUUACCGUCCCAGUCCGCAACCCACAUCGCCGGGCAGAUGCACCACCACCGCACCUAGAAGCAGCAAGCCGCUAAAGACACCAGCGGAGGAGACGCCCAGUAAAUCUCCACAGCAAAGUCCUCGUCCCACUUCACCUGGCAGACGCAUUACCACUACGACUACGACAGUGAAAACUACAACCGAGGAAUGCGGUAGCCCACGCGCCACUUCGCCGCUAAAGACCCCAACUGAGGAGUCUCCAAGUAAACCCAAUCAGCAUAGCAGUAGUCCACGCGCCACUUCGCCAGGUCGACGUCCCACAGUCCCAACAACCAACAACAAGGCAGCACCACUGAACUCCAGCACCGUAGUUAGAGCCAGCACUGAGCACCACCACAGCACCACCAAGCAUCAUACAACAACUACGCGAACACAUAGUCCAACUAACCAACAAAAACAACCAUUCACCCAACCUGACAGCUCCCCUGAUAGCCCCACUGAAACCCACGUUGAACCACUUUUAGACCGCAGCAGGCCAAAGCAACCACAAUCCGGACAGCGUAGCGUUGCCUCGCGUCGCAACAUCUUUGAACAGCCAUCGCAUAGUCCAAGUGCGGAGCCCAAUGGACGUCGCCCUUCCUACAUGGAUCACACGAAGAGUUCCCUGGAGCACAUCCGACGUGACUCCCUGGAGAUAAAUAAGACACACUAUUCGCGUAAGUCUUCCAUUGAAGAUGAUACGUCCGUGGAACCGCGCAAUCCCAAUGCAGCGGUGAAGUUCGAUGUGCCCAAGCGUUCGACAUCGCGCUCCGAGCCCAGCGAAGAUAUUGACAUCGAGCAGCUGUUUGAUGUGGUGCAGCUGGAACAGUUGCUGGAGACGGUCAGCAGCUAUGAGUUGCGUCGUCGCAUACGCGCUCAAUUGCGUUUGAUACGCAAGAACCUGAUUAACGCUGGCAGCAGCACCAUCACAACCACUACAUCGACAACAACCAUCAAGGGACAACCCAGGGGCGGCAGCAGCAACAACUCGACGCCCAGUCGCAGUCCGUUACCCACUCGACGCACACCGGAGCAGCCACGCGAUCGUAGCCAUAGUCCGGACAGCAAGCAGAUCAGAGACCAACGCAGCAGCAGCACCACCACCAGUCGCAGCACCACUCGCAGUCCUUUGCCCAGUCGUCGCCCAUCAGAUCAACCGCAGGAACCACGUGAUCGCAGCUUCAGUCCCGACAGCAAGCAAGGCGUCAAGGAGUCACGCAGUUCCACAACAACUACGAGACGCACCACUGAGCCCGACAGUUCCACAGGACAUGGCAAGCCACCGGUUAAACCACGCGAGCGUAGCGCCAGUCCAGCUCAGACUCAGACAACAACUACGACAACAACAACACGUCGUCGCAGUCCGACCAACAAGACGGGAGGUAGCAGCAGCACCACAACUGUAACCACACGCACCACUACCAGCAGUAGCAACCAUCACAAUGGGAACAGUCCACGCAGCGUGCCAGCCUCGUCGAAAGCAAGUCCCAUUUGGGCCGAUCGCAGCAAGGUGCUGCGUGCUUCCGGUUCAGCCUCCCCAACGCCACGCAAACCUUCCACCACGAGCAGCACUACCACAAGUAGCAACAAGAUGGCACGCACUAGCAGCAGCACUACCAGCACCAGCAGCAGCACUACCACAACCAAUAACUCAUCUACCAAACGUCGCGAGGAGGACUCGAUCACGUCCAGCUAUGGCGUAGGACCCACCGAUGAGAACGGUCUGCCCCUCUUUGGCAUAAGGGCACUGAAGAAGAAAUCACAGCCGGCGCCGUGUGAGACAAAGCAAGAAGUCACAGGCUAUGUCAUUGAGGAACAGUUCUAUUCGGAUGACAAAUCGCCGCCACGUCACGAACGCAAGGAGUUGAUCUAUUCCAGCAAUCCGGAGGAGUUGGCCACAUUGCAACAGCAGCUGGAGCGUAAAUCCCAUGCGGAUGCCAAUACCAAGUUGCAGCGCGAGUUUAAGCAAAUCACCGGACCAAUGGAUGCAAUUGAUACGGUCACAACACGUCGUGGUUCCGCCAAGGAAAUCAAUGAGCGCUUUAUUCGCAAAGAGUCCACAGCCUCAAAUCAAUCGCAAACCCAAACACAUACCCUCGUCCAGCAUGAGCUGGCCGAUGAGGAGGAGACUGAGGAUAGUGAAUCAAAUGAUGUGUGCAGCGUAAUUGAGGUGGAAAUGGAACCGCAACUGCGUCAAACAAGCAGCAGCACCACCAGAACCUCCAGCUCCACGCGCUCCUUCCUCAACACCAGCGGCGAGGAGCGUCUCGUGAGCAGCGUCGACGAUGUCCUCGAGCGUAUGCGCAAUGCCGACAAUGUCGUUGAACCCGGCGACAGUUCGGAAGAUCGCGAAGCACGUGCUUUGCUUAACAAAUUCCUGGGUGCCAGCGUUAUCAUGCAGGGUGUGGAGAGCAUGUUGCCAGCCGGACAACGUCAGCAAUCGAACAGGAAUAGCAACAACAGCAGCCAAGCGGUGAAAACGACACGCAUUAGCAGCAGCUACAGCAGCAAAUCAGGCAACAACAUCAGCAGCAGCAGCACCACCAGCAGCAACAGCAACACUAACAACAACAACAGCAACAAGAAGACAACAACAACAACAACAUCAUCAAUAACAUCCUCAGCACCAGUUACACGCACAACUUGUGACAUCGAGGAGAUUUGGGACGAGCAGUUACUUAGGCAAUUGCUGGAACAGGCCUCCACAUACGAGGAGCGUCGCAAGAUCCGUGCACGUUUACGCGAACUUAUGGCGGAACGCGAAGAGCAGAAAAAUUUGAAGGCAGGCGGUGCAAAAGCCGCUGCCAAAGAGGAGGAAGAGGAGAGCAGCGCCAGCGAGUAUGAGGAAAUAAUUGAAGAGGUAACCGACGACAGCGACGAGGAGGAAGAAGAGGCCGAGAAGGUGGAGGCAAAGCCACAGUCACAGCCACAGCCAAAGACACAAACAACAGCGUCAUCCAAAGUGGAGCAGCAAAAGCAAGUGGAGUCCAAGCAGGCAACAAAGUCAAACACUAGCACUAGCACAAGCACUAGCACCUCCACUUCCACCUCAGCUGCUAGUGCCACCUCGACCACCAAGGUAGUGGAGGAAAAGUUGGCCAAAGUAGAGCUUAGCAAGCAGGUGGUGGAAGCAACUGGCAGCAACGUGGUCGACGGUCAACAGACACAACACAAGCAACAAAGCUCAACGACCAGUGAACGCACCGAGACAAAAUCAAAGGAUGGCGGCGCAACUCUCACUACAACAACAACAAAAGUUACCACACGCACUGUGAGCGGCAGCGCUGCCUCCAAAAACAUUUCACCGCUGGCCAAAUUUAAGCAGCUCGAUAAAGCAGCUGCCCAGCAGCAGGCUCAAAAAUUAUCUCCAACAUCAAGCACACCCACGACCCCCGGCGGUUCAGCACAACCGCUGUUCAAAUUUACCGAUCCGGCAUUAAAUGCGCGCGCCGCCACUGUCAAGGAUCAACUUCUACAGUGGUGUCAGCACAAAACGCAGGAAUAUGAGAACGUGCAAAUAAGCAACUUUAGCUCGAGCUGGUCCGACGGCUUGGCCUUUUGUGCGCUGAUCCAUCAUUUCUUGCCCGAUGCAUUUGAUUACACGCAACUAACCAAACAAACACGCCGACACAAUUUCGAACUGGCCUUCAGCGUUGCUGAUGAGAAGGCUGGAAUUGCGCCGCUACUGGAUGUGGAAGACAUGGUGGAGAUGAGCAGACCCGACUGGAAAUGCGUCUUUGUCUAUGUGCAAAGCAUCUAUCGUCGCUUUCGCAAUUGCCAGUAAACAAGAACAACAACAACAGUAGCAGAAUCACGUGGUGGGCCACAACAACAACAAUUACGCAUCUAUUCAUUAUAUGAUAAGCAAGUCCUCCCCACUUCGUCAGCCCAUACACACUUCAGACAGAAUUAUUAUGUAUACGCCUGUUGGCAUUUUUGUGCAUCCUAUAUAACUACUAUUUUUAUCCCACAUCUAAUUACUUAUGUUUACUACUACCACAAAUGGCAGGCUCGUCGUUACAUUGAACAGCAAGAACAUUUGUACGUUUUUUUGUGUUUGUUUAUCAUUUUUUUUUAUCACAUUUUUUUUGUAAUUCUAUUAUAAUUAUUAUAUUAUUAUUUGUUAUUGAACUUAAAAAAAACUAUUGCAAUAAUUGUUGAUUUUUUUGUCAUAAUUUUAAAUAUAUAAAAAAAAGAAACAAGAACAACAAUUGCAAAGCGCAAAAAAUUUACUAACCCCGCUGAGUUGAAGAUGAGAUCAGAAGAAUAAACAUUUAUAAAGUA